AGCAUUAGCCGUGUAUUAUAUGGAGGUAUUUUGGCGAAAUAGAAACCCGCCAAAUUGAGCGGGUUCUAAAUUCUCUGCAUUUCAUCUUCGUUGUUGUUCGGCUUCAUUGCUUCGCAGGAGGUGUAAGAUUGCAUGAGUGGCUUCUUCGGCUCCUUCGUUCUCGUUCGACUUCGCUCCUUCGACGACGUUCACUUUGCCUUUGCCUGUCGGAUCGGAAGUUGCGACAUUUUCAUCGGAAGGACGGACGGGAGCUCGCAAGUUCUGAAGGUGAAGAGCUUUGAAAUGAAAUUGAACAAAACACUUCCUGUGAUCAGAAGCUUAAUGCAUUUGCUAAUCAGGCAACCAAACAGCCCCUAAAGCGAUUGUAACCGCAAAAACCUAGCGAGAGCAGGCGAAGUUAGAAGAGAAGUAUUCGAUGUUUUACUCCCACACAUUUCUUGCUCGGAAAAGCCCUUUAGGGACAAUAUGGAUCGCAGCUCAUCUCGAGCACAAGAUCAAGAGGCCGCAGAUCGAAAAAAUCAACAUUCCUUCCUAUGCUGAAAAAAUAAUGCUGCCUGAUGUUCCCAUUGCUCUAAGGCUCUCAGGACAUCUGCUUAUUGGGAUUGUUAGGAUAUAUUCAUGGAAGGUGAACCACCUCUACUCAGACUGCAACAGGUUGGUUACUGAUAUAAGGAAGGCCUUUGCAUCAGUACCAGUUGAUCUACCUAUCGAAGCAGACCAUGCUCCAUUUGAGUCAGUGACCUUGCCAGAGACAUUUGAUCUUAAUGCUUUAGAGUUAGAUGAAUCUUACUAUAGAACAGCUGAACCUGAUAAGCAUGUCAAGUCACAUGACCAAAUCACCAUGACAGAUCAAAUUCCAGUGGAAGAAGAACAAUAUGUGGCUGUUUCUGUCAGCGAGGAGAAUGGGCUGAAUCUAUCACCUAGACCAUCAAAUGGGUUGAAUCUAUCUCCUCGUCCAACAAAUGUGCUGAUUUCAUCUCCCCAACCAACAAACAUAAGCCCGGUUUCCAGGCAACUAGAAGAAGACACUCUACCUCCUUUUGAAGCUGGCUUUGAAUCCAUUUUAAGCCCUCGGGGACAUAGCUUUUUAAGUAGUAAUGCCCCAAAUGAGAAUGAAGUAACGUUUAAUAAGGCUCCUGAUGGAAACAGUACACCACAAGGAACUCUGGAUGUUGAAAUUAUGCUUAGUGAACCUGAUCAUCCCCAUCAAGAUGUUCGUGCUCCUGGCGACAUUCAAACUGACCAAGUGUCCAGUCAGACAAUUAACAAGAGACAAAGUCUCUCAACAAUACCGGAAGAUAUAUCAAUUCUUGAAGGGGGAUCUUCCCAUUGUGCCGAACAGCUGGUUAAUAUAUCUUCAAAUAAACUCAAUUUUCCUGACCUUGAAACAUCGGCUGUGAUACCUUCUCCUGUUUUAAAUCCGAAACCUGCUCCUCCUGUCAAGCGGGGAAAUGUGAAGAAAAGGAAAAAGAUUCAAGCUUUUGAUAGACAAGUGGUCUUGAGCAACAUGCAAAUGAAAAAACAACUUAGUGAAAGUGCCAACAUUGUUUGUAAGAGAAGGAAACUUCCUUGCUCAGACUUGAAUGUCUGGAAGUUUCAGAGGAUUCGUUUGAAGGAAGACAUUUUUGGCAUUUCAUUGCUUUCUAGAAUGCACACUACUCUUGUUGAAGUUCUUGAGAGAAAUCCUUGCUCAGCUACCAAUAAUAUCACCUUAGAUACUCCUGGUCCCUCGUCUCAAGCACCUAAAGGCGCUGUGCCUGAGAAAGAGAUGGGAACCAUGAUGAUGGAUGCAGAGCCUACAACACCAACAAUUGAUGCCUUUAGUGGAAUAGAAAAGGGGCGGGAUGGUGAUAACAUAGAAGACCUAAUUGCACAGUUUCCUCUAAAUGAAAGCGGUUUUGGUUCAAAAUCUGACAAAGACAACAAAGACAAGAACUCUGAAACUCUUUUGAGGUCAGCUGCUGGAGUUCCAUCUCCAGUUGAAUCCAUCAGGCUCAAUCUUGAAACUCCUCCAUUUCAUUUGAAAGAUCGUCUAGAUGACAUGGAGAUCCCAGAAGCUCCUGGCUUGUUAGAUUCUGCCGAUGAAGAACUAAAUUUUUUGAACGCUAACGACGCAUCACCAGGGCUUCACGAUGCAUUUAACGUUGACAACUUGUCUGCUCGGACAAGAGCUGUGGCAAAAUAUUUUAAAGAUAACUCCAUAGAAGCUGACUCAAAUGAAUCAGCGCGAAUUAGCUUGAACAGGAUUCUAGAGCAGAAGAGUAGGAGGCAAUGUUCGAGAAUGUUCUUUGAAACUCUGGUAUUAAAGAGCUAUAAUUUUAUCAACGUUGAGCAAGAAGCAGCUUAUGGUGAUAUCCUAAUAUCUCCAACUCCAGCACUCUUUUCUACCAAAUUUUGAUGUAGAGUUCCUUUUCCUUGUACAAAGAUCGGCCUGUAACUUUGGUAAAGAGACUUCCGCAGUAGGAUAAGAAAGCAGUCAGGCUAACAAAAGAAUCAUUUUGCUCUAAGAUGCAGAAGCGCACCAGAAGAUCGCAUCAUAUGGUCAUGCAGGUGUAUAUUAUUUAUGCUGCCUCCAUGUCCUUAUAAAUUAUAAGAAUAUCAGAAUGUAAUUAUGUAGAAAAGCUUCCUUUUGUAAUUCCAGAUGUUUUAUUUGUUUCCUAUCCCACUAAAAUGUUUUAUUCAGCUGAUGCUUGUUCA